UGUUCCAUCAGGAUGAGAUUGGAGGUGGCACAGCUAAAGAAGCCCAAAACGUCCUGGUUUAUGCCAACUCUGAAAAGGCAAGAAAAUGCAGAGGCUCUCGCUUGCGAUCUAUUCCGUGUACCUGGGCUACCGUCGGAUGAUGCCCUCGAGGAUACGCCGGGUGUUGCCGCGGAUGUCCCACGGUCUCCGGCUGGCUGGCCUUCUCGAUCUGCAGAGCCUGGCCUUGGCAGCGUCCCCCAAAAGGCCGGCUUUGGUUUCUGCCAUCUUCCGCCCGCUAUGGAAGGCUCCGUGCUGUGGCAGGUCCCUGGCGACGGGAUGCCCCUGCUUCCUCGGACCAUUUUCUGUCUGAAAAAAGGAUUAACGCGGAGGUGCUCCUGAGGAGAAGGGGGAAAACGAGCAGCGAACGAUGAGUGCUGCCAAUGGAGGAGGUGGUGGCGGCGGCGUCCUCCUCGCCAGCCUUACCACGGGCUCUGUGGCGCUGGACUUCAGCCUGCAUGGCAGCCCAAUGGCUUGGGCGCUGAGUCCCAAUUUGACUCUGAACCACAGCUUGCCGACCUCCGAUCCUCUGAAUGUCUCCUCGGGGGAGGAGGUCUCUCGGAGGUCCCUGGGGGAGAAGAACUGGCCGGCCCUUCUCAUCUUGAUCAUCAUCCUGCUCACGAUCGGAGGGAACAUUUUGGUCAUCAUGGCGGUCUCCUUGGAGAAGAAGCUCCAGAAUGCCACCAACUACUUCCUGAUGUCCCUCGCGGUGGCAGAUAUGCUGGUGGGCAUCCUUGUUAUGCCCGUCUCGCUCAUCACCAUCCUCUACGAUUAUGCUUGGCCUUUGCCUAAACAAUUGUGUCCCAUCUGGAUUUCCCUAGAUGUCCUCUUUUCCACCGCCUCUAUCAUGCACCUCUGCGCCAUCUCCCUCGACCGGUACGUCGCAAUCCGUAACCCCAUCGAGCACAGCCGCUUCAACUCCCGCACCAAGGCCAUCAUGAAAAUUGCCGCCGUCUGGACUAUCUCGAUAGGGAUCUCCAUGCCCAUCCCAGUCAUCGGGUUGCAGGACGAUUCACGGGUGUUUGUGAACGGAAGCUGCGUGCUGAACGACGAGAACUUUGUCCUCAUCGGCUCCUUCGUGGCGUUCUUCAUCCCUCUCAUCAUCAUGGUGUUCGCCUACUGCCUGACCAUCCAGGUGUUGCAAAAGCAGGCGUCCGUCUUCCUGUACGGGGAGACCCCCAAGCAACGGCGCAGCAGCAUGAACUGCCUCAGGAAGGAGAACAACACGGAGAACCUUUCCAUGUUGCAGAACCACGAGGCUGCCUCGCACUUAAACUCUCCCGUGAACAAGGAAGGGGUGCUUUUCCGCAAGGGCACCAUGCAGUCCAUCAACAACGAGCGGAGAGCCUCCAAGGUCUUGGGGAUCGUCUUCUUCCUCUUCCUCAUCAUGUGGUGCCCGUUUUUCAUCACCAACAUCAUGUCCGUUCUCUGCAAAGAAGCUUGCGAUGAGGCGCUUUUGGGGGAGCUCCUGGAUGUUUUUGUAUGGGUGGGUUACAUCUGCUCUGGGGUCAACCCCCUCGUGUACACUCUCUUCAACAAAAUUUACCGCAGGGCGUUCUCCAAUUACAUCCGCUGCCGCUACGACAGCGGCAAGAAGUCCACGCAGCGCCACGGCCAGUGUCCGAACGUCUCGUCGACAGCUUUGUACGGGAAGGACCUCAAUUUGAACAGUUACCGCAACGGCAAUGAACUCAACAGCAUGGAGCUGGAUGAGACAGAGGAUGCUCUGGAAGUAAACGUAGGGACCUCACAGUUCUCCGUAAACAGCUGCAGUGGUGAAAAGACAAGUCGCGUAUAAUCGGACAUGACGAUGCCCGCGUUUUGGGUUUUACUGUGGUGCAGCUACCAACAUCAGUGUAUGUGCUAGUCCAAGAAUGAUGUAAAUAAUGCAUUCUGAACAAAGCUGUCCUUUUUUAAUUUAAACUUUCAUAUUUGUAGCUUGUUGCUUUCCAUUUUCCCUAAAACGGAAUCUGUAUUUCCAGUUGGAAGCAGAGUGUGAAGAAACUCUGUAAGAACAGUGGAUCCUGGAUCCAAAAAAUGGCAUCCAUUAUUUGGCUUAUAAAAUCUUGCCUUUUUUUUUUUCCUGGCGCAUGAACAAAACAAUGGCUAUUGAUCUCAGGUGGGUUUUUUUUUCUUUCUUUCCUUUUUUCCUUUCCCCCCCCCUUUUUUUUUGAGUUCUCAAUGAUCCAUUACAAAUAGUCUCAUGUCAAAUAAAGGGAGGUGGACUUGGCGAGUUUUAUAUUUCUUAUUCUGACAUUCUUGCCAAACGCAUGUCAAAUAACUGGAUGAAUACAUGUCGGUCUUGCUUGCAGAGGGUACCCAAAAGGAAAUGUCAAACCAGAAGCUGUGAAGUUGGCAGAAUCCAUGUUGGGGGUCAUUAGGAAAAGGGAUGAAAUAAAACUGCCCAUGUUGUAUUGCUUUUGUAUAAAUCUUCUGUGUGACCCUACUUUUAAUCACGUCUCUUCCUUCUACAGUCACUAAAAGCAAAGACGGUGCAGGUGAGUACUCCUCAACGAGGACAGUGGGGAGCACUGGAGAAAAGGUGACAGCCACGGGUGCAGGGAGACCUUCCGUCUCUGUCUGUCUUUCCUUCCUUCCGUCCGUCCUUCCUUCCUAACAGAUCGCAAUACUGAGAUAAAUACAUCAGAUUAUUUGCACUCAGCACUGCAUAAUUAUCAAGAGCAUUUGGAGGCAACUUAACAGCACGUCUUCCACUGUACAUGUUGAGGGGCAUAAGGGAAACUGGCUGUCCUUUUUUUGCACUCACAAAAGGACUGUGUUGGUGAGGGGAAAAACCCAUUUUCUUAGCUUUACUUUGGUUCUACUAAAUCUGCUCCGCAGACUACUAAAUGACUUCCAGGCAAUCCAAUUCGCCAUGUGAUUCCAGCUAGACUUUCAUGGGGUUCUCUCCAACUUAAGAGGUAGGUAAUGUUUUUUUCUCCC